UCUUUUCCGCUCUACAUAGGAAGUGACGUUGGCCACUGGUUGAACCGCCCGUAGCAGGCUGCAGCCAGGACUAUCGCGAUUGAGCGGUGACUGACCAUCGCGACUGUGAAGGCCCGGGGAGGCGUGAACUAGGUUUCUGUUUCUGUGUCUGUACAGAAAGCGGCUUGACAGUAUGGCCCGUGGGCAGCAAAAGAUCCAAUCCCAACAGAAAAAUGCAAAGAAACAGGCUGAUAAGAAGAAACAAGGAAGUGAUCAGAAGGCUGCAGCUAAAGCUGCAUUGGUUUUUACCUGUCCUGUGUGCAGGACUCAGAUGCCAGACCCCAAAACAUUCAAGCAACAUUUUGAAAGUAAACAUCCUAAGUCUCCCAUGCCCCCAGAGCUAGUGGAUGUACAGGCGUAACAUGAUUCGGUGAUUUGUUUUCGGCUGAUGAACGCACUGAUUUAAAGUGGGUUUGGUGUCUCUGAAGGAGACUCUUCUCCCAUUGUGAUCCUUAUCCUACCGAUCCUAAGAUAAAUCAGAAAUGAGUCAAGUGAGAAUAUCUGGACUCUUACCACAGCAACUACUACUGAUUAGCAGGAUGUGUAUAUGCCCCAAUUGAUAUAGGUUAUAUUGCUGGUUUAAAGGUGUGGGAGAUUCGGUCAAUGUCUAGUAAACCAGUGGAAUGUUGCUUUUUUUUUUUUUUUUUUUUUUUUUAAGCAAGUUUCUCAUAUAUUCAAGAAGGGUUGGCCACUCUGUUUUUUUUAAUUAACAGUGUGCAUGGACUGAUGAUCCGAAUAGAUCAGUGUAAGGACAGAAGAAUGCCUCUACUUAUUUUUUUGAUUUAGUAACUUUAUUAUGUUUUUCUUUUUCAUAUCUUGUUGUAGAAGUUAUCAGUGGUAGUCAUGGUCACCUUACACCACUGGAAAUACCAAACAACUGUUUUUCUUUUUCUCCACUAUUGUUCCCAACCGAAUAUUUGUAGACCACUUUCUAAACUAGACCUUUAUAGCUUUGCCUUUGUUUUUCAACAUCCUGAUAUCGUUAAUUAAAAUGCACAUUUAUGCUUUUUGUUCAGUCAUUAUUUCUGCUCUUCCGGCAACCAAUUUAGUAUAGCAAGUGCGUAAAAAAUUAUUACGUUGGAUAGUGACAACCAAAUGUAUUAAACAACUUGAUAUUUGACAUGGUGCUAAAUCAUACUGUAGGGGCUAUGCUGAGAUUGUGAAUCUUUCAGCAAUGCCUGUGGCUACAGGAAGUACAAAUGUGAACAGCAGAGCUCCUUCAAGCCAGUCAAAUGUAAGGAGAUGCCUAGUUUGUGUUCAUGUUUUUACUUUUGUUGUUUAAUUUAUAUAGUAGCAUUCUGUUAACGAAAGUAAAUGUAGUGGGUUUUUUUUAAUUUUUUUUUUUUUUUUUUUCUUUCUUUCUCUGCAAUGGAACUCUAACAACUAAAUACAGAACCUGUGUUUGCUUGUCUGCUUCUUUUUUUGAAUGUUUUUUUUAUAAAAAUUUUUCUCCCAAUCCUUCAUGGAAUUCGGACUUCAUGGUAAUGUGGACCCCAGGAAAAUUCAUAUCUGUACGCUGUAGGAUUGCAACACCUUAAAGUAUGGUGGUUCUUUUUGGAUGUGUCGCUUAGUCAUGUGCCUUGGAAUACAGAAAAAGCUGUACCAGUUCUUCAGUUGCGGCCAGUAGAUCCAUGGUAUAAUCCAUUUUUAAUUUUUGGGGGGCGUUUUUGUCCCAACCACAGAGAGGUCAAUCCGUUCCAUGAAAUUGUGACUUGUGCACUCUUUUGCUAAAAUAAGACUCUUCACACACUUUACUAGAUGUGGUGCCAACAGCAGAAGGAGUUCAAAUAUCCCAUUGUUCCAUGUUUAUUCAUACAAAGGUAUAUUUGUGUAACUACAUAAAUCUUUAAUAAAUAUUUCAUUUUGAAUUUA